AUGGUAUUUAUAGAUGGUGUAAAAUACGCAUGUUCAACCUGCAUUAAGGGACAUCGUUCUUCUACGUGCAAACACACUGAACGUCAUUUAUUCGAAAUAAAAAAAAAAGGGCGACCGAUAACUCAAUGUACACAUUGUCGGGAACUUCGUAGAACUAAAAAGGUGCAUGCAAAAUGCAAUUGUCUCGAAAGAGAGGCAGGGGUAAUAAACGAUAAAACCUCAGUUUCGGCGCUAUUGAAUCCGUGUCAAUGUACAAAAGGCGCAGAAUGUAUUUGUUGCCGUCCGACUGAGAUUAGCGAAACUGAUAAUCACCCUGUGGAUAGUUGCUGCAUACCUAAUAACAAUAUUAGUAGUUAUAUUUCAUACACGUCUUCGACGCCAUUAUCUAAUGAGAAAAACAAGAAGCAAGACAGUGAUUACGGAAAAGACACUAGUGGUAGUCAUACUACAAUUGCGUCAUUGUUGAAUCCGUGUCAAUGUACAACAGAUGUAGGGUGUUGUCGUCGUCCGAUCGAGAUUUCCGAUGACCCUGUUAAUAAUAGCACCAUACCAAACAACAACAUUAGUAGUAGUAUUUCAUAUUUAUCUUCGAUAUCAUUAUCUUAUGAGCAAAACCAGUCUCAGGACUGUGAUCGCAGAGAGGAUAUUAAUUAUAAUAAGCAGAGUACAGUUGCGGCAUUGUUAAAUCCGUGUCAAAGUGUAUCAGGCAUGGAAUGUAUUUGCCGUCGUCCGACUGAGAUUCAUGAAACUAGUAAUCACUCUAUGGAUAAUCACAACACACUCAAUGGUAACAUUAGUGACAAAUUUUCAUCAUAUUUACCUCCAAUGCCACCACCUUAUGAACAAAAUCGGCCCCUGAAUCAUGAUCAGGAAAGAGACAUUAAUGGUAGUAAACAUAGUACUGUUCUGCCCUCGUGGAAAGGACUUCUUGGUAAUGAGGCUCCGUUAAUGGCAUCAUUCAAUUCAACUUCAGAAGGUUUUACUUCUCUUGUGCAUAAUGAGAAUGUAAUAUUGAAUAAUAGUUCUGAUGGUCUAGCAGAUAUAUCAAGAGAUCAAUCAAAAGUUUUAGGAGAACAAUUAUGUAAUGCAUCGUCUGAUGAUUUGGCUAAGAUCAUAUACCAUCCUUUUCAAAGUUGUUCAUCUGCCGCGGAAAAUGGUAGUUGUUGUGGUGCAUCUGCGUCUUUAUGCAGUUGUAGCACUGAAUGUAGCUGUGACGGAUGUAAUUCGCAAAAACGCGUUACUACCCAGGUAGCAAUUACCCCUUCGUCUGUAAAAAAUUGUUGUUCGCUUCCUAUCAAUCCCGGGAUUACGCGGCCUGAACGUACUACUAUUGUUGACGAAGAUGGCGUGGUAUUAUGUGGUUGUGGUUGCAAAAAAACUGACACCGAAUGUAUGGAUUGCUUAGGAAGUCUUUGUGAAG